GGAACCUGCGAGUUCCGGUGCGGCCUCGGGGAGGGGCGGGCGCGGCCUCCGGGAGGGGCGGGCGGGACGGACUUAGCCGCUAGGCUCCCCUGCCAACCGCGUCUGUGCCGUCCCUGGGACCUGGUCAAUGUCCCGGACAGCGGGGGCGGCAUGCGGCUCCUGCUCCUGGCGGUGCUGCGGCCGCACACGGGGAACGCGGUCACGGCCCAGCGCGUCCGGGCCCACCUGGAGGCUGCAGGGCACGUGUGCGUUCUGAAAGAUGCCUUUGACUUUGGAAGCCCGUCUGAGAUUGCAAACCUCAUCUUGGCUGAGAACUGCGAGGCCGCCCUGGCUCUUCAUCUCUAUAGGGCAGGCCGCCUCUUGCAAGGCCACCGAAUCCCUUUUGGAAUCAUCUUUGGUGGAACUGAUGUAAAUGAAGAUGCCAAACAGAAAGAAAAAAACACAGUGAUGGGAAGAGUUCUUGAGGAAGCCAGAUUUGCUGUCGCUUUCACAGAGUCAAUGAAGGAAAUGGCACAAGUGCAGUGGCCGCAUGCUAAGGGUAAGAUCUACGUCCAGAGUCAAGGAAUUGCAACAACACCGAACGCCACCUUUAACUGGAAUACCUUUCUUCAGCGUUCAGAGAUUAACCAAAGUGCUGACAAUUUGCACAUAUUUCUUCUGAUCUGUGGACUUCGACAAGUGAAGGACCCUCUCUACCUGGUGGGUGCAUUUUCAGAAUGGCACCAGGACGAGCCCAGUGUGUACCUGGUGAUUGUGGGCCCUGAGGUCGAUCCAGUGUUUACAAGGGAAGUAAAAGCCAAAGUGAAAAGGGCUGCUGGGGUACGACUGAUCGGAGAGAUGCCUCAAGGCGACCUGCACGCCGCGGUGAAGAACUGCUUCGCGGUGGUGAACAGCUCGGUCUCUGAAGGCAUGUCAGCCGCAAUUUUGGAGGCGAUGGAUUUAGAAGUUCCAGUGUUGGCCAGAAACAUCCCCGGGAAUGCUGCCGUGGUGAGGCAUGAAGUCACAGGGCUACUGUUUUCCACUCCUCAGGCACUGAGGUCUUGAAGGAGGAGCCUCACAACUUGCAGUUCUCAACAAAAUAAAUCUGUUCUAUGACCAAAUCGUUUUUGGAAGAUGAGACAGGUGCAGCAGGCUGCCUUAGACCUGUCAGGCUUCCCACCAUCACCUGGGCACUGAUGGGCACUGAAUUCUGAAACCUCAUUCUGUGUACGUGGUUGAGCACUGGAUGCAUGUUGGCUGCUGUUGCUAAUUUCUGGCUGGAUCCCAACCUCCACUGGAGGCUCUUGGUCAGAGGCCGGCUCUCUCUUUCCUUGAAGAAAGAAGUGUUUAGAAAACGCACAUUCUGGGACCCCACCCUCCACCCACCCGGUCAGCAUCUUGGGGGCUGAGGGCCUGUGUGUGGUGCAUGUGUGUUUAACCAGCUCCGUUAGAGAUUCUUACAGCCAGGUUUGAGAAGCAAAACCUCCGACGAAGCCUUAAUUAACUGAAAGGUUCCAACCCGAAAGGCCCAAGGAAAACCGGCAGUCUUUAGCGACAGCAGCCUGUGCCCGUCUUGAGAAACUUCCUCGUGAACAUCUCCCAUCAAGAAGCAGCGGGAGAGCAGCUUCGGGGCUGUUUAAUUUAGCACCCCAGGCCUGAGACUCGGAGUUUUCCUAUGAUUGACUAUAGCUUCUCUUGCUGAAGGUUGUCAGAAUGUAACGCUCUUUAAAACCAUAACAUUUUAAAUCUGCCAGGCCCCACGUGUGCCCUGCUCAAGGCUUUUGCUUCUCGGGGAGGAGUUCUUUUCCCUUUUGUUCUGUGGCUUUGAGAUAACAUCAUCACCAGAAGGAUUGUGAUGGGGUUCUAAUAUUCAUUUUAUAAAACAGCUACUGGCCAGGUUCAGUGGCUCACACCUGUAAUCCCAGCACUUGGGGAGGCCAAACCAGGCGGAUCACUUGAGGCCAGGAGUCCAAGACCAGCCUGGCCAACAUGCGAUAACCCUGUCUCUACUAAAAGUACAAAAAUUAGUUGGGUGUGGGGCGCAAGCCUGUAAUCCCAGCUACUUGGGAGGCUGAGGCAGGAGAAUCACUUGAACCCAGGAGGCGGAGCUUGUGCCACACACUGCAGCCUGGGUGACAGAGACAGACUCCAUCUCAAAAAAGUAAAAAGACAAAACGGGCACCAAUUCUCUUCCUCUGGAUCUUGGUGAAACCUAAGGGAGAUGGAGCAGGUCAGAAGGAUUCAGUGAGAAAUGUUCCACCAGCAGCUCCAGCUGCUCAGACGGGAAGAAGCACUGAGGACGGCCGUCUACUAGUUACGUAAUUACUCUAUAAACGUCAAACCCUGCUUGUUUGUGUGACUUUUUACUUAACAUCAUAAUGCAUCACCUGAGCCGGCGCUGGCACACCUGUGGCCCUGGACCUAGGUCUGGUCUGCACAUGCGUUUUGUUGAGUUUGCUGUAUUCUUAAAAUACUGAAUUACUUGUUGCUAUUUAUCAUGGAACAGUUUUACAUAAAUAUCCAGAAUUCAGACCUCUCUUGGAAAAAGAAAAAGAAAAGAAAUGUGGCAACCUUCACAGGCCUGUAUUUACCCUGUGGCGGGCGCGCUCCUCCCACUUCGCCUGCUGGGCCCCAAAGGCGUCUGCGUUUCCCACCACUGAUCAGGAACCCAGGCGUGAGGGUUGCUUUUGCACUCUCCUGAGAGCUGGAACUUCUGUACUUGGCUUGGCUUUGAGUUUUUAGCGUCUGUUCUCUGUAAUGCCUCAUGAGUUCUUUUUCCCUUUCCUUCGUUUUGAGACAGUUUAGCUGCUGUUGCCCAGGCUGGACUGCAACGAAUGGCGCGAUCUCAGCUCACUGCAACCUCCCGCCCCCAGGUUCAAGAGAUUCUCCUGUAUCAGCCUCCCGAGUAGCUGGGAUGACAGGCAACCGCCACCAUGACCAGCUAAUUUUUUUGUAUUUUUAGUAGACACAGGGUUUAACCAUGUCGGCCAGGCUGGUCUCGAACUACUGACCUCAGGUGAUCUGCCCCCCCCCCCUUGGCCUCCCAAAGUGCUGGGUUUACAGGUGUGAGCCUCCGUGCCUGGCCUGUGAGUUAUUUUCAUAAAUCAUUUUCAAGAGUAGAUCAUGGUGUAGCCGAGCGUAAGAUCCUGAGUGGCAGCCCCUCCUCCAGAGGUACAAAGCGUGUGUGGCUGUCAGCCAGUUGGCAUUCCCGCAGCUCCUGAUGGAAACUGGAGUUGAACCUGUAGUGCCUGGGCUGGAGGGACCCGUCUCAGGGGCACUCAGGGGUAUACUUCCUGCUGUGUAGCUCUCCCGUGCAUUUGAUGAGGUGUCAGGUGUCAUGGCUGAUGUCUGGCAUGGCAUGUCAGGCCUGGCACAACUUGCCACCUCUGUGUGAGUGCCCGGCCCUGCCUUCCUGUAGACGGCAUCGUCUCCUAAGGUGGGGGGAAUCCGUGCAGUGAGUCAGGGCUCCCCGUGCCACCCGGGUGGCCUCAGAGGCUGGAGGGAGCUGCUGUUUCCCGUGUUCUCUUCUUAGAAGGAGGGAACUAUCUUUUUCAGAAGACACCGACUGACUCUCCCUCCCAUCUUGUUACGGGAGAGCAGUCCCAAUCCGGACCCCAAGAGAGGAUUCUUGGAUCUCGAGCAAGGAAACUCAGGCGAGUCCGUAAAGUGAAAGCAAGGUUAUUAAGGAAGUGAAGGAGUAAAAGAAUGGCUGCUCUGUAGACAGAGGAGCCCCAAGGGCAGCUGGUUGUCCAUAUUUAUGGUUAUUUCUUGAUGAUGUGCUAAACAAGGGUGGAUUGUUCCUGCCUCCUCUUUUUAGACCGUAUAGAGCAACUUCCUGACACCGCCAUGGCAUUCGCAAACUGUCACGGCACUGGUGGGAGUGUGGCAGUGAGGACCGCCAGAGGACACUCUUGUCGCCAUCGUGGUUUUGGUGGGCUUUAGUGGCUUCUUUACUGCAUUCUUUUAUCAGCAAGGUCUUCAUGACCUGUGUCUUGUGCCAACCUCCUGUGUCAUCCUGUGACUUAGAAAGCUUCACCUCCUGGAAUUGCAGCCCAGCAGGUCUCAGCCUCAUUUUACCCAGCUCCUAUUCAAGAGGGAGCUGCUCUGGUUCAAACGCCUCUGCCAAUCUCAGUGGCCAGACUUGGGUCAAGCACUGGCAGGGAGGAGAGGUUAACAGUGUUGGUUUUCUAUUGUGUGAAACAAAUCACAAGCUCAGCAGCCUGAAGCCACACUUGUGUGCCGUCUCAGUUUCUGUGGGUCUAGGCUCUGGAUCCUCGGCUUGGGCCCAGUCUCACCAGGCUGCACUCCAUCCAGGUGUCUGGGCCACAUUCUUAUCUAGAGCACAGUUGGUGGUGGGUUCAGUUUCUUGUGACGGUGGGUCGAAGGCCAUUGCUCUCUCACUGGUUGUUGGCCCGGGGCCCCCCCUCCUCAGCUCUUAGAAGCUGCCAGGACAGGUGCCCCUUGAUGUGUGAUGGGGUUACAUCUCAAUAAACCCACUGGAAGUUGAAACGGCACUUAACAGCCUGGGCAACACAGUGAAACCCUGUCCCUAGAAAAAAUAAGAAAAUUAGCCAGAUGCAGUGGCAUGUGCCUAUAUUCCCAGCUACUUGGGAGGCUGAAGCAGGAGGAUCUCUUUAGCCCAGCAGGUUGAGGCUGCAGUGAGCUGUGAUCGUACCACUGCACUCCAGCCUGGGUGACGGAGGAAGACCCCAUCACUAAAAAAUUUUAAAAGGCCAAGUGCAGUGGCUUACACCUGUAAUCCCAGCACUUGGGGAGGCCGAAGUGGGCGGAUCAUGAGGUCAGGAGUUCAAAACCAGCCUGACCAACAUGGUGAAACCCUGUCUCUACUAAAAAUACAAAAAUUAGCGGGGCGUGGUGGUGGGCGCCUGCAAUCGCAGCUACUCAGGACGCUGAGUCAGGAGAAUCACUUGAACUCAGGAGACAAAGGUUGCAGUGAGCCAAGACUGUGCCACUGCACUCCAGCCUGAGUGACAGACUCCAUUAAAAAAAGAAAACCAUGCAUUCCAUACAGCCACCCCUGGAGCAUCAUGGCUUAGCCCAGCCUACCGCAGCGUGCUCGGAUCACUUCCUCUAACCUACAGUUGGGCAAAGCCAUCCAGCACAGCCUGUUUUUACAGCGUGGCUUUGCAGAUCUCAUAUGAUUGGUCCACUGCUGUCCUGAGAGCAAAACACAGAAUGGUGGUGUGGGUGCCUGACGUGCAGUUUCUGCUCUCAGACUGAGACAUCUGAAGUCACACCAUCGUAAGUUGGGACGGUUCGUGGUUUCUCGCCCUGCGGCAACAUGGAGUCUCCCCUGCUCCGCUCUGCUGAGAUGACGGCCCCCGUAAAUCACGCUGUCGAGGGAGCCACAUCCCCGGUCCUUUGCCAUAUUCUGUUGGUUGCAGGCAAGUCCACCCACACUCAUGUCACGGGCAGGGUGACGAGUCAGCCCAGGGUGUGCCAGUCACAGCACAAUUGGCUAGGACAAAUCAGGACCGACUUUCGGAAGUGGAGGCAGGGUCUCCUUCCCAGAUCGAGUUGCAAAGGGGUAGAGUUUCAAAACUUCACAGCUCUCUUGGUGAAGAGGAGGAGCUGAAUGCCUGGGGAGAGAGUCAGUUAUAUAUUGUUGUGUAGCUAAGAUCCCCAAGUCGGUACAACUACCACCAUUUUAUCUGUUUGCAAUUUCCCGAGUCCGCAGUUUGAGCUGGGCUCCUGGGGCGGUGCUUCUGCUGGGCCUGGGGCCAUUUGUCCAGUAAUGGUCUUCUGGCAGCUGGCCUGUGGCUGGGUGGCCCGAGACGGUAUCACUCAUGGUGCUGGCCAUGGCUCAGUGCCUCUGUUCACAUGGCCUCUCUUCCCUCAGGAGGCUAGCCCAGGCAUUGCCUUACAUGGUGGCCUCCAGGGCUGCAACAGGACCCGGGGUCAUGGAAACUUCAGAAGCAUAAGAGCUUUCAAAGCUUUGCGUGGAAGGCAGACUGCAUCACUUCUCAUGUAUUCUGCCAGUCAAAAGCUGAGGUGCGUGGAUCAUGAGGUCAAGAGAUCGAGACCAUCCUGGCCAACAUGGUGAAACCCCGUCUCUACUAAAAAUACAAAAAUUAGCUGGGUGUGGUGGUGUGUGCCUGUAGUCCCAGCUACUCAGGAGUCUGAGGCAGGAGAACUGCUUGAAUCCAGGAGGCGGAGGUUGCAGUGAGCCGAAAUUGUGCCACUGCACUCCAGCCUGGCACCUGGUGACAAAAUAAGACUGUGUCUCAAAAAAAAAAAAAAAAAGCAAAUUACUCAACCAAGUCAGAUUCACUGGGGCGGGGUGGGGAAUAGACCACACCCGCUCAGUGGGGAGAGUGGCAGUGUCAUAUUGCAGAGACGUGCACAAGGGGAUAGAGGGUGUGGCCGCCUUUGCAAACCAUCUGCCCUGGUAAGCAAACCACAGAGUCUGUGUCCACAUGCAUUUCUCACGUCCACAGGCGUGUGGCCAGCAGAUUACCGACGCAGACAGAGAAGCUUUUAGUGCAGAAGAAGAGAAUCCCAGAGGCUCAGGGAGUGACUUACGGCUCAGGAGAGAUUUUUUUCUUUUUCUGAUGAUUCUCCUUGCUUCCGCUCUGCCACUCAUCCAGGGUUUUAUUAAGCCGAGAUGUUGUUUACCUGUCACCCACCUGUUGCUUUAUUUCAGUCUAUGUUUUUUGUUCAGUCUUCCAUGCAGAGAGAAACGAAGACUGUUUUAUCACGACCUAAUCCUAGAAACCCUGCCCUUUAGGAUUUUGUUGUAAAGGGGCCAUGAAUUCUGUAGGAAUAACAGGCAGAGCGGGGCGGGGGGUGGGUUUCCACCAGUCUCCACAUCAGAUAAAUCAAAGACAUGACCAGCAUCAUAAAAUAAUAUACCCAGCUAUAAGCGUCUCAAAUAAUUUUAAUAAGAGCAUUGUUCUGCUCUGAAGCAGGAAUAAAUAUCUUACAUUUUUAUUAUAAAACAAGCACCAAUUUACUACAAGGCAUAAACAUAAUCUAUAAAAAUAUAAUUCUACUGUACCACAAAUAUUACUAUUUAUAUUGCUAGCUAUAAAAGGCAUUCAGCAUUUAAUUAACAAUAAUUUUGCGAAUAUGUUUAUGUUCCUUUGAAAAAGCAAAAGCCUUGUAUGUUAAUCGUAAGCGUUGCUCCCUUCUUGGAAUUUAUGUGGGCUGUUGGGGAGUAACCCUGGCGAUGAUGGUUAAGUAUGUACGGGGCUUUGCUCAGAAUUCUUUGUUUGCGGUAACCCAUCUGCCGUCCUCUCAACACCCAAGGAAGGAGGUUUGUGAUCACCCAUGACUGACAGCUGAGGAACUGAGGCACCCCCUCCCCCGCCACCAGGCAGGUGAAGGGUAGGGUGUGAAUGUAAACCCACACCUCCUGGAUCGGGAGCUGUGCUGUGGACUGUGAUCACCCCUGACUGACAGCUGAGGAACUGAGGCACCCCCGCCCCGCCACCAGGCACGUGAAGGGUAGGGUGUGAAUGUAAACCCAGCCUCCUGGAUCGGGAGCUGUGCUGUGGACUGUGAUCACCCCUGACUGACAGCUGAGGAACUGAGGCACCCCCCCCCCCACCAGGCACGUGAAGGGUAGGGUGUGAAUGUAAACCCAGCCUCCUGGAUCGGGAGCUGUGCUGUGGACUGUGAUCACCCCUGACUGACAGCUGAGGAACUGAGGCACCCCCUCCUCCCCCACCAGGCAGGUGAAGGGUAGGGUGUGAAUGUAAACCCAGCCUCCUGGAUCGGGAGCUGUGCUGUGGACUUACAGGCAAGCGUAAAGAAUAAUGACUGGUCCCCCCCUUUCCCUCAAUACCCUUUAACAGGCAAAAUACUUCCAGUUUUUUUCCCAGUUCUGAAGGGCUUUGCUAUUUAAACCAGGUCAGCAAGAGCAUUCUUUCAUUGCCGGGCCAAGGGUCUGCGGGCCUUCAUCAGUAAUGAGCAUAACCAGAAACACAGCCGGAAGCUGAGCUGCAGAAGGCACGGCCUGCGAAGCAAAGGGCUUUUCAACCCCUCCUCGCCUGCUUCAUGCCGGGAGCCCCUGGGUCGUGGGGCGGGGCUGGCCAUCACUCCUCUGCAGAUGGGAAAGGGGCUCCGAGAGGUCACUAGCUCGCCCAAGGCCACGCAGCUGAGUUAGGUUGUUGGGAAGAAUGUGAACCCAGCUCUGACUCUGAAGUGCUAGUGCUUUCCACUGCCCCCGACACCACGCCGUCCAUAUUGUGAAGACAGGCUUGGCUCUGCACCCCGGGAAGGCGACAGACCCAUCACAGGAAAACCAGCGGGGCCGGGGUGAUAUCAUGUGGGGCUGUGGGGCGCACCCCGGGAAGACGACAGACCCAUCACAGGAAA